AUGGGGGAUCGCCUCCCCAGACGCCCACAAAACCUACGAACCUCCACAUUCAGACUUCCAACCACAACCCUACCACCCCAGUCCCAGUCCACCCAGUCUCACUCACACCCCUCCACCUACAGUCAUCCACCUGCUCUCUACACUCACGCCCCUCCACCUACAGUGUAUCCACCCGCUCUCUACACUCACGCCCCUCCAACCCUACCAGUGUAUCCCCACCCGCUCUCUACACUCUACGCCCCUCCACCUACAGUGUAUCCAACCACCCGCUCUCUACACUCACCCCCUCCACCUACAGGUUCUCACCCGCUCUCUACACUCCACACUCACACUCAUCCUACAGUCAUCCCACCCGCUCUCUACACUCACACCCCUCCACCUACCAGUCAUCCACCCGCUCUCUACACUCACACCCCUCCUACAGUCAUUCCACCCGCUCUCUACACUCACGCCCCUCCACCUACAGUCAUCCACCGCUCUCUACACUCACACCCCUCCACCUACAGUCAUCCACCCGCUCUCUACCCUCACGACAAGUCACCACUCCACCCUACAGUCAUCCACUCCGCUCUCUACACUCACGCCCCUCCACCUACAGUCAUCCACCCGCUCUCUACACUCACGCCCCUCCACCUACAGUCAUCCACCCCGCUCUCUACACUCACGCCUCCACCUACAGUCAUCCACCCGCUCUCUACACUCACGCCCCCUCCACCUACAGUGUAUCCACCCGCUCUCUACACUCACCCCCAUCCACCUACAUGUAAUCCACCCGCUCUCUACACUCACCCCCCUCCACCUACAGUCAUCCCCCACCCUCUCUCUACACUCACGCCCCUCCACCUAACAGUCAUCCACCCGCUCUCUACACUCACGCCCCUCCACCUACAUCAUCCACCCGCUCUCUACACUCACGCCCCUCCACCUACAGUCCAUCCACCCGCUCUCUACACUCACAAGUCACUCCCACCUACACUCAUCCACCCGCUCUCUACACUCACGCCCCUCCACCUACAGUCAUCCACCCUCUCUCUACACUCACGCCCCUCCACCUACAGUCAAAUCCACCUGCUCUCUACACUCACGCCCCUCCACCUACAGUCAUCCACUCCGCUCUACACUCCACGCCCCUCCAUCUACAGUCAUCCACCCGCUCUCUACACUCCCCGCCCCUCCACCUACAGUCAUCCCACUCGUAGUAGCCAUCUUGCUUGGUGA